AUGGGCCAAAAAUGCGCUCUCGACAAGCAGUGUGCCGAUUCGGAUGCCGACGACGACGCGAGCGAGGAGGACGACGAUAGCAACGGCGAUCUCGAGAACCCUUCGAUGCUCUCAAGCGGCUGGCUAGGUAUGCGACUCAAGGAAAACAAGGCCAACGGUGUACCGAGGGCGACAAAGGUUAAACGCAACAUUUCUGGCACAUUCUGGCAGGAGGCGGCCGGCUUACCUAAGCCGCUUCUUGCCGAGUGCAACCAGGCAAAAGAGACGGUCAAAGGGGAAAAGAGGGACACCAUCGGCUUCCACCGGGGUGCCUACGGCCCCUCCACGGCCCAACCGCCACUUUUUGCCCACCCACGGCCGUCGACCGGCCCGCUCAACGUCCUCAUCGCCGCAACGGGAUCCAGAGAGACUUCGUGGGCCGAGGCCAUCAUCGUGCGCCUCUCCAAGAACCCCCACAUUCGCAUGCGCGCCGUCCUCGACGAUGUCACCACGAGAAUCUCCCAGACCGUCCCCGUCAUGCCCAACCACGGCAGUCCCAACCUUGCGGGCUCCCAGACCAAUGACUACCAGAUCCUUGAACACCCCGUGAACCACUUUCAACCGAACGACCGGUACGCGGCCGAGCUGAUCGAAUGGACGAACCUUCUCGUGCUUGCGCCACUCAGCGCCGACGGCAUCGCCAAAAUGCUCGCAGGGAUCACGGACAACACCGUUAUUCUCGAGGUAUUGCGAGGGUGGGAUGUUUCCAAGAAGAUUCUCCUCGUGCCUGGCAUGAGCAAGCAUAGCUGGGACAACCCAAUGACGAAGAAGCACCUCACCAAGGUGCAGCGCAAGUGGAACUGCAUCCGCGUCAUGCCCCCAUCCUCUGGCACUUCGAGGGCUCCACCCGAUGCGGCGUCAACUGGGAAGGCUUCAAUGAUGUAG